AAAAAAAAUAGUAAAAGAAGAAGAAGAAGAAGAAGAAGACCAGAAAAGAUUGAACAACAGCUUUUUCAAAAUGAGAUUGGAAAUAGUUUCGGCGGCUGAUUUUUUGGUGCACCUGCUGCGCCUACAGGCUGGACAACUCUCAGAGCGACAGCUCGAGAUGUUCAAGUCGUCGUUGACGGAGGUGUUGCGACAUCGUUACAGGGACCAUUGGUUUCCCGAUCGUCCAAAUCGUGGUUCAGGGUAUCGUUGUAUACGUAUCAACGGUAAAAUGGAUCCAGUAAUAGCUCAGGCUGGAGCUAACGUUGGAUUAUUGCCUGCGGUAUUGCACAGCCUAUUUCCGAGCGAGCUGACGAUGUGGAUCGAUCCGUCGGAGGUUUCCUAUAGGAUUGGUGAAAACGGUUCCAUAUGCGUUCUGUACGAACGUACCGAGCCCGAUCCCGAGGAAUCUGCUACUUCUCAUCAACAUCAACAUCAGCAACACCAUCAACAUCAUCAUCAUCAACAACAACAACAACAACAUCAACAUCAACACCAUCAACAACAACACCAUCAACAACAACAACAACAACAACAACAACAACAUCAGCAUCAACACCAACAUCAACAGCAUCAGCAUUCCCGUUCUCAUCAUCAUCACCAUCACCAUCAUCAUCACCAUCAACAACACCAACAACAUCAACAGCAACAACAGCAACAACAAUUCGAAAGCUGCAAGGACUCCCUUUUGCUCGAGCACACGCAAUUCAGCGAGCAAAUUGCGGCUUUCGUUUCCAGUUGAAGAGUUUAAUUAAGGAUGAAGAAAAGAAGGAAUGAGGAGGUAAGAGGGAAGAGGAGAAGAAAGAAGGAGGAGGAAGAAAAGAAGAAGAUGAUGAUGAUGAUGAUGAUGAUGAAUAAUAACUGCAGGAGGAAGGAUAUAUUGAAGAAAUAAAAAUUGAAAAAAAAAAGAAAGAAAGAAAGAAAGAAAACGUUGCGAGUAAAGCAUCUCUCGUUUCGUUUUCGCGUCUCUCAUCACCUCCAUCGUCCUUACCGUCGUCGUCGUUGUCGUCGUCAACGUCGUCGUCCUAGUAGUAGUUACUCGUUGUCAUCGUUUUUUCGUCGUUCUCAUCAAUCUCAUCAUGGACAGACGCCCACCCAACAACGUGUGUCUUUUUUUCAAAGAAACUGCUAUAUAUAUAUGUAUGUAAAUAUAUAUAUAUAUAUAUAUAUAUAUAUAUAUAUAUAUAAAAUUUGUUCUCGUUUUCUGUUUUUUCUUUCUUUUUUUUUUUUUUUUUUGAUUUUCUUUUUUUCGUAUCGACGAAGACCCAACGAAGAGUUCCAUUCUCCUCAGCCAGCAAUUAUCAUCUAUUAGCAUCUUUGUCCUAUUACUACUGUAUCCCCAAAAACCGAUCUCAGCGAAGUUUCACGAACUUUAUAUAAUCUGUCUUCAAAUACUUGCGAGUAACGGAUACAACGGAGGAAGAAUAUAUAUAUAUAUAUAUAUAUAUAUAUAUAAAUGGAAGAAGAGGAAGGACAACAACAAUAACAACAACAACGCAAUGGAUAGAAUGAAAGAAAAGAAGAAAAAAAAAAGAAAUCGGAAGUAGAACAGCUGAGAAGCGUGAAACUGAUCGAUGAAAAAGAAAAUAAUAAUAGAAGAAGAAGAAGAAGAAGAAGAAGAAGAAGAAGAAGAAG